AUGUUCGCGACGCAGAGUGACGACACCUCAAUCGCUAUAACGGUCUUCUUCAUGAAGUUAGCCGGUUAUUGGACAGCCGUCGGACGCGCGGAAAAAUGCUGCAGGUUCUGCGCAUUGGUUUACACCAUUGCUUCCCUCAUAUGGGGCAUCUACGUUCACACGUUCGAUUUUUAUUACACGAGGAAUGAUUUUGACGCUUCCCUAUACGCGAUAUGCAACCUUCUAAGCGUGCUCAUGUGUGUGUUGAAACUAUUCGUCAUGCUCAGUCACAAAAAGGACUUUUUUCGUUUAUUUCUGUGCUUGGAACGAAAGUUCUUAAACUCAAAUUACGAUUCCUACGAGACAAUGGUGAUGGGCACUUGUAAACGUUCCUGCACGGCCUUCAUUGGCUUCUUGACGUUCGUGACCCUCGCGACAAUUUGCAGUUACACCGUCAGCCCGCUAAUCACAAAUAUUGGAAGAAAUGAAUCAGACAGGGUACUUCCGUUUAACCUCUGGGUAGGUGUGCCGAUAAGUAUGACACCAUACUACGAAAUAGCGUAUGUUAUACAGAUUUUGACUGCGUAUCCAACCGGCGUGUGUUACUUUUGUUUCGAUAACUUUCUGUGCAUCAUGAAUAUGCACGUGGCUACUCAAUUUCGUAUACUACAGUACAGACUAGCGAACAUGAAGACCUCAAACGUGGAAGAGUAUCCCCGUGGGGAGUUCCGCUCGUGCAUAUCGUGCUCCGCAGAGAUGUAUUACGACAAGUUUAAAGGUUAUGUUCAACAGCAUCAGAAUCUAAUCGCGUAUUGUGACAAGCUCGAGGAAGUGUUCAAUCUGAUUGCGUUAGGGCAAGUGCUCCUUUUUAGUAUGUUAAUUUGCCUUGAUGGAUAUCAGAUACUCAUGGCUAACGUGGGCACUGAAAGACGUUUGAUUUUUGUGUUUCACUUGCUCACCUCCAUGGCCCAAUUGUUGAUGUUCACAUACAGUUGCGACGGUUUAAUACGCGAAAGCUUGAAUGUCGCUACGGCGGCGUAUGUAAGUCCAUGGAUAUACCUGCCGAUGAACAAAUAUGGAAAAACAAUGAGGAACGACUUGAUACUUGUUAUUAUGAGAUCCAGAUCACCUUGUUGCCUAACGGGUCGAGGAUUCUUCGUUGUAUCAUUGGAGACCUAUACCAGUGUUUUAAGUACAGCAGUGUCAUACUUUACACUGCUACAGGAAACACAUGAUGUAUAA